UAAAGAGCAUGUGAAAAUCGUGUAUUAUACAUAUUUACAUACACACAUAUUUAUAUAAAACAACAUUGCCCUUAUUGUAACCAUUUAUAGUUUUGUGUUGACAUUUCGUUAAAUCGGUUGUAUACGGGUAUUCUUGAGCAUUUGUUGAAAGCUGCGCAAUUUUCUUUCAGCAAACGCUUUUCUUUUGUAUUUGUUUGAUUAAGUAACAAUUGAAAAUUGAGGUGUUGAUGUACAAAUUAUUCCAAAAACGGGAUUAAAUCUUGAAACACCAGUAAAAUAGGAUUUAUGAAGAAAUGUUAGUACGCAAUACCUAUCAACGGUGCUUCCGCUUGGAAAUUAUAAAGAAAUUAUCUUGUAAAGUUGAUCUAAAUCGUUCUUUUCCUAAAAGGAUUGUAUCAAUAUUUGGUGCGUCUCCCUUCAUAAAUAAAAGAUGUUUCUCGGAUAAACCACACAACUGGGAAAGUACAUAUAGUUUAGGACAAGAAAAUAUGGAAAACAAAACUGAAAAAAUAAAUGUAAAUAAGGAGGAGCUAAAGAAACGUCUUACGCCACUACAGUAUCAAGUGACACAAGAAGCAGCUACAGAGCGACCCUUUACAGGUUGUUAUAAUAAGCACUAUGAAAAGGGUGUAUACCGUUGUAUAGUUUGCCAACAGGAUCUCUUUAGCUCGGAUACAAAAUAUGACUCAGGAUGUGGAUGGCCCGCAUUUAAUGAUGUACUUGAUAAGGGCAAAAUAACGCUACAUCGUGAUGCUAGUAUUCCAGUAGUAAUUUCGAAAAUGUUAGGCAUGGUGCGGACAGAGGUGCGCUGCUCCAAAUGCUCCGCGCAUAUGGGACAUGUCUUCGAUGAUGGUCCGCCUCCAAAGAAUCUGCGCUACUGCAUCAAUUCGGCGUCGAUUGAUUUCGUACCGCUUAAGCCCAACAGCAACAUUGGCUCUGGAUCGUCAUCCACAACAACAGCUUCUUUCUCAAAAGGGCAUGUGAAAAAAUAAUUAUCUGUUUACGCAUAAUGUUUUCUUAAACUAAACAGGCAAAUUUGUUUAUUACUACAUACACGGAAAUCGUAAAUAUUGUUAUUAUAUAAAAAAGAAUAAUAUUGUAAUGAAUUCUUCUGUAGAGAAAUUAACAUGGGCGAAUGUAUUUUUGAUAACAGUAAAACAAUUAUUUAAUACCUUAUGGAUCAUUUGUAAUCCCAUUGGAAUGAUACUAUAUAUAUUUUUUUGUAAUGUGGAUUAUAUGAAAAUGGCCUUCGGUAUAUACUUAAUGAACAUGGAUAAAAUCACAAUAAUGUGUUUAUUUUAAAUUUUCGUUUUAAAUCGUCCUAUGAAUUGGUAUAAAUAUGCAUUUAUAUUAAUUAUAUUUCUCUGGGCAACGGUAAAACAUAAUCUAACAGAGAGAUUUUUUCAUUAAUUUCUUUUGAGUAUGGAUUUUUUUCAUAUUUUUAUUUACAUAUACAUACAUACAUAUAUUCAUUCACAUGUGGUACAUGCAUUCAUUUAAACAUUAACUAAUUCAUUUAUAUAGUUUGCUAUUAAGUCUGAAUUGUGUAAUUAUUUUAGUUGGCUUGAAAUCUAUUUGUUCACUUGUUAAAUGUGGUUAUAAAUUGUGACAAGAGUAGGGAAUUUUGAUAAAUGUCCCUAAUUUAGAAAAGCUAGACAUAACACAUAGUGUUAUCUUUUCUUUGAUAUUUUCAUUUUGUAUGCGGUGUUCAUAUUGAUGCUAUCCGAUAAAAGUUUUCGAACAAAUUGCAUACACUUUGUUGUUGGGCAUUAUUUAUUGUUUCUCAAAGAUCAGGAAUCGAGCCCACGACCGAUUGGGUAUUACAUACCACCAUCCUUGCUUGAGGUGAUUAUGUGUCUAUUUAGUAUGUUUAUUAUCCAUAGUACACUUUACUUAUCUGAUAAUAAAUCGGUUCGUAGUGCGUAAAAUGUAUUGAAUCCUGAUAUUAUGGGUCUUGAGCUCUUCAAAACAUAAAUUGACUAUAAUGUAUUGUUUUCAAAUACGCAUGUUUUUACUAAAUACAGUUUAUCAAUAAGUAAUUAAAGACAUUUUUGAACUAAACAUAUGUACAGUUAAUAUAUGAAAUAUUGAUAUUGAAAAUAAUAAAUUUUUUUCGUAUAUUUUUUCUAUUUCUCCCUUUUCGCUUUUUAUAUAAUACAUGUGCCUGUACGGGGGUUUGAAAUUUACACUCAUUACAACAAAUAAUUAUAAAAUAAACGCAUUAAUGUUUGCUAAUACAUAUUUAUAUCGAAUAAUAUACAAACACAUAAUAAAAUCUAAUGCAUACGUCAUUCAUAUAACCAUUGAUAUGUCAUAACAUGCAUAUCUUUUUGCUUUCUUGCUAAUUUCAAAACAUAUUAAACAAUAUAAACCAAUGCUUAUUUUAUUUUAACUUAAAUUUAAAAACUAUAAACUAAUUGUAAUUAAUUAUAAUAAACCUAAAUUCUACAUUGCUCAUUCAAUGCACAAACAUUUAUUGAGUUUAUUUUAUAUCUACACUUUGCUGAUUUUAUUUUUUCUCUCAUUUUUAACAAUGCAAUUUGAAUUCAUCAUUUACCCAAAUAUUUUCUAUUUACUAUUCUUUCAUCGCUUCGUUGUUAUAUUUAUUUCAACUUAUUUUGUUCUCUAUAUUCACUCUCAUGAAUCAUCUUUCACGUGUCCGUUUCAUAUUCUGCUAUACUGUUCUUAUAUUCAUUUAUUCAUAAUUGUUUUUUAUAUUCGCCUCAAUUUUUCGUUGAUUAUUUUAUUUUUUAUUCAAAUCUAUAAAUUUUCCCUCUGCCCUCCCAAACAAAAUUAAAAUAAUACAAUAAUAAUAAUAUGGCUUUGUCAAAAAUAAACCACCUUAAACCAAAUUUAAAUUACACUAAUUGCAAAUUAACUUAAAAAUGUAAAUUCAAUUUGAAAAUUCUGUAAACACAUCUCUGCGGAUGGUGCAUAAAUAAUAUCCUUUGUAUUUUCCAACUGCCCGUCACCAAAUAUCUAAAAUGCUGUAUACAAAAUAAUAUGUUGUAUCUAUAUACAUACUAUUUAUAAAUAUAAAUGCGUAUAAUCCACUUGUGCAAAACGAAUCAAUUAAAAGGGGGUAAUAUUUUACUACUAAUUAAACAUCCAGAACGCAUACGCACAGAAGUACGCUGCGCCAGUUGCAAUGCCCAUAUGGGGCAUGUCUUUGAGGAUGGACCCAAGCCCACACGCAAACGCUAUUGCAUAAAUUCGGCUGCAAUAGUUUUCA